CUUUGUUUUAUUUUGAAGGCUGCCCUCCUCUACUUCCGGUGGCGUCUCCACGGAAUGCUUCACCUUCUCUCGGAUACAACAGGCGCUCAGAGCCGCUCCUGCAGUCCGGUGUGUGGCGGAGGACCGGGCGGAGGAACGGACCACAGCACCGGGACAGAAACACUCACACAGUCCGGAGGAGGGACCGGAGAGACGGCGGGGCGACUACCGGAAAUCAUGAGGACUCUCGGCUCUCCACACAGGAUUUUCUCUGCCAUGAAACUGAACAUUUCUGCUCCAUCGCCCCCCCGGCUCAUGAGUCACGUAUGACUGAGGGAUGAUGUCACCAUGUUUCCAGCCCAACGCGGAGCUCUUUCCACCAGCAGGAGAGAGUUUCCUCUCUAAAUAAUCUGACCUCGCGCUGAUAAAGCUCCCCGCUGGGUGAUGGAACAGACUCACACACACCCUCUUAUCGUCGGAGUGUGUGACGUCACCUGAUAUAUCUGUGUGUGUGUGUUUGAUGCUACAUGACGCCAUGCUGCGCCGCGGCCUCCUCUCCUGGGUGUCCCGUGUGGGAGGCGUGUUGGUGCUGCUCUGCUGCUCGCUGUCGCUGCUGUACGUGAUGACCUGCAGCCCUCCGCACUCUGUCGAUCCCCCGCUGAGCCUCGCGCUGCCCCGCGCCGGACCCAACCACGCCUCCCUGGGGCCGGGGACCGGAGGAGGAGGAGGAGGAGGAGGUGCUGGAGGAGGAGUCAGAAAUGCUCAGGGCAGAGGGCCUGCAGGAGCUCCGUCCUACCAGGUGCUGCUGCAGGAGCGCGAGGAGCAGCACCGCCUCCACAUCUCCUCCCUGAAGAAGCAGAUCUCGCAGCUGAAGGAGGCUCUGCAGGAGCGCAGCCAGCAGCUGAAGGGAGUGCAGGAGAGCCUGAAGAGAGCGUCCGGGGGCCCCGCUGAGGCCCAGGAACCAGGAGCCCGAUCCCAGGGGGGUUUGCUGGGGGAGAACCAAGGCGCAAAGAGCCAGCAGUCCGACCUGCAGGACUUCCUGAGGAGCCAGGCGGCGAAGGCGGAGGUGAGCGUCGGCGUGCGGCUGCCCAGCGAGUACGCCGUGCUGCCGUUCGAGAGCUUCACCCUGCAGAGGGUCUACCAGCUGGAGACGGGGCUGACCCGGCACCCCGAGGAGAAGCCGGUGAGGAGGGACAAGAGGGAAGCGCUGGGGGAGGUCCUGGAGACGGCCCUGCACAGCCUCAACACCCCCGCAGCCGAGAAAACCAGCAAGGUGUACACGCCGUCCGACUUUGUAGAAGGUAUCACGCGUACGGAGAAGGACAAAGGGACACUGUACGAGCUGACCUUCAGAGGAGAAGCCGCUCAGGAGUUCAGGCGCCUCGUCUUCUUCAGACCCUUUGGCCCGCUGAUGAAGGUCAGGAACGAGCAGGUGGACACGUCCAACGUCCCCAUCAACAUCAUCGUCCCGCUGUCCAAACGCACCGAGAAGUUCAAGCACUUCAUGACCAACUUCAGGGAAGUGUGUGUGCGUCAGGACGGCCGUGUCCAUCUGACCGUGGUGUAUUUCGGGACGGAGCAGAUGAGUGAGGUCCGCAGCACGCUGGAGAACACGUCCAGGGAGGCGAGCUUUAAGAACUUCACUCUGCUGCAGCUGGACGAGGAGUUCUCUCGCGGACGGGGCCUCGACGUCGGGGCCCGGGCCUGGAAGGGAGGAAACGUGCUGCUGUUCUUCUGCGACGUCGACAUCUACUUCACCGCCGACUUCCUCAACACCUGCAGGCUCAACACGCAGCCAGGUAAAAAGGUUUUCUACCCGGUGUUAUUCAGCCAGUACAACCCCACUCUGAUCUACGGGAGUCCUGAACACAUCCCUCCUGUGGAGCAACAGCUGGCGAUAAAGAAAGACACCGGCUUCUGGAGGGAUUUUGGAUUCGGGAUGACUUGCCAGUACAGAUCCGACUUCAUCAACAUCGGUGGUUUUGACAUUGACAUCAAAGGCUGGGGGGGUGAGGACGUGCACCUGUACAGGAAGUACCUCCACAGUAACCUGCUGGUGGUCCGGGCCCCGUCCAGAGGCCUGUUCCACCUGUGGCACGAGAAGCACUGCGCCGACGAGCUGCCGCCGGACCAGUACCGCAUGUGCAUGCAGUCCAAGGCCAUGAACGAGGCGUCGCACGGCCAGCUGGGGAUGCUCUUCUUCAGGCAGGAGAUCGAAGCGCACCUCCGCAAACAGAAGAACCCCAAGAAGACCUGAGGCUGAAGCAGACGGAUUAUAGUCUCAGAAAGGACUGCAAAUAACCGGGAGGACUUCACCUGGUCUGGACCGGAUCAGGUUUUACAGGAACGGUUCGACAUCUUGGAAAACACGCUUCGGACUCCACUCUUGUGUCUGUAGGCUAACACAUUGAGCUAGUUAGCAGGUAAUUAGCUUAGCACAACAUCUCUCUGUAAAGUAAGACUCACUCUGAUGUCUGAAUAUUGAGCUAGAGUUAGCUUAGCACGAAGACAACGGGGAAACGGGAACCAGCAAAAAGCUGCACACCUUAAUUAUACAAAUUAAGAUUUGGUUAUGUUUCUUUGGUUAGCCAGGAACCUAUAGAUUGCAGGUUAUUAGCUUAGCUUAGCAUGAAGCCUGGAAGUCAUUCAAAUCAAAAUGUCUGUAUUUUUCUGUAGCUGUGUGCUGUAACAUUUCUGGGACUUGCACAGACUAUUCCCAUGUCUGUAUGCUGAAUAUAGAGCAGGAGUUAGCAGGUAAUUAGCUUAGCAUAAAGGCUACACAUCCGAGGUAAAACAUGUGUGGAAUUUCCUGACGUUCGCAGUCCACAAAUCUGAAAGCAUAAUGCUCCUUCCCUCUGAUGCUAAGCUAAGCUAACUCAUUCUCGCUUAGCUUCAUAUUUAGCCUCUCUAACUCCACAAGAAAGCAAACAUUUCCCAAAAUGUCAAACGAUUCCUUUAUUGAAAAAUGUGAAGACUUCCUUUCUAAAGACCUUUCAAAGACUCGGAGCACCUGAGAGGACAGCAAAGGGUUCAGAGGAAUCCAAACGGACUCGAGGAAUUCGUCGCCGCAACUGAAGUCGGACGUUCCUAAUCCCCAGUCUGAAAACACCUGUAAUUUAAGGUGUAGUUUGUGUUUUCCUCUGUAGCUGGAACACAUGUACAGUAUAUGUGUGACUCUGACCCAUGUGUGACUCUGACCCCAUGUGUGACCCAUGUGCCUUGUGUGAAUAAACCCUUUGUAUGUGGGGCAACAGCGCCACCCAGUGGACAGACUAUGAGCAACAUGCCUGCAUUAAAACAAGUGAAGGACUGCCUCUGAAGGCUUUUAAAACAUAUUUUUAUAAAUUAUUCAUUCCUUUUAUUUAUGUUUGUCAUCAUUUGUAAAUGCCACCGUGUAUUUGGAGUAUUAUGGGAUGCAGACAGUAUUAUGUGUGGGUCUAAAAACAUGUUUUUUUGUCGCUAAAAUCAACGUUUUUCUAAAUAAGCCUUUGUAAUUUCAGACCUUUGUUUAAAAGCCCAAAAUAAAUGUAAAAUAGGUUUAUUUUUAAAAGGUUUAAUUUAAAAAAGUGACUUGUUUGUGUUUUUUGUCACAUUUUCUGUUCGCAUUAUGAAUAUACAAAGGGUUGUUGACAGGGCGCUGACGAUGGCUUUAAAAGUCAGAAUUAGAUUUAUCAAACAUGCGUUACUGCAGUCACAGAAACUGGAGAUGUUUCAAAAUGUAUCUGUCGCUAACCUUCCUCAGCUUUAGCUCCAGCACUUCAAUCAAAACAAGCUGUACUGAAGAGGCACUUUUUCUCAAUCCUGUUUUUGAUUUCCUCUGCCAUUGAAACAUUCCUUGUAUAAAAUGAAAUUUGAAUAAUAUUUGAAAUGUAAUUUUCACUUCCUGUAAAUGAGCUGAAUAAAACAUAUUUGUGCA